AUGCCACCUUGGCACGUAGCACAGGUACUGACCGAGGCGUACUUCCACUCGGUGCACCAGUGCUUCCGCUUUGUCGACAGGGCCGACUUUCUCAGGGAUCUGCAGAGCGUCUACGACAAUACUGUUACUCGAAUUGCAUCAGGCUUGUCGCAGCGGAGAACGCUGGCGGUGGCCAACAUGAUGUGGGCGGUCGGUGCUCGUUGGAUCGACCUUGUCGGACUGAAGGAUCGCAUCAUCCCAGAUCAUCACGGAGCUAUGGCGGUCGAAGGACAUCUUGUGUAUUAUGCGCGCGCUCGCUCCCUUGGGCUCGAUCAUAGAAUGCAACUUGAACAUCCAAGCUUCGAGAUGCUACAGGGUAUGGCUGUACUUGGCUUCUAUCUGCUUUCGAAUGGGAGCGUUCAUAGGAGGGCAUGGAAUAUGGUCGCGCAAACCAUCAGACAUGCUAUGGCACUAGGUUUGCAUCUUGAAGUCUUUCCUGGCGUCUUCACAGCUAGAGAUUUACGGCGGAGGGCACGAGUCUGGUGGUCAUUGUACCGGAUGGAAGUUUUGCUCUCGGAGAUUACUGGUCGGCCGAAAUGUGUUAACGACAACGAUAUCACGACUCCGACGGGCUUAAUAACCGAGAAGGAGGAGGACACCGAGAUGAGUCGCUAUAAUCUUCAAGCUUGGGACGACGUCUUGGACGGCCUCAACCGAACUGUGGAGAACUCUGCUGGUGGCAUCAUCCCGUGGUCAAAGUUGGCGCGUGUGGGAACUGAUACGUGUGAGAUCCACUUUGCAGCCACCCUCCAGCUGAGCAUUCUAAGUACUAAAGUUGCAUCCAAUUUGUAUCUUAGUCCCUCCGACUCAACCUGGGCUGAUGUCCAAAAGACGGUCCGAGACUUGGUGUCUGACCUCAGACAAUGGCAGGAGUCCUUACAUCCAGAUCUGAGGAUUGAGACGAUCGGAGAGUCAAACUUAGACCCACGUGCCAAUUUGGACGUUGCUUUGGGCUUGUGCAGUUUACAGAUGAUCCUCUACCGGCCAUUCUUGUGUGAGAUCCGUAUCGAGGAUGAAUCUGCCGAAAGCAUUCGGUUCAACAAUGCUUCGGCCCGUGCAGGCGUCAUGGCGGCUAUUCGUAUGACAGAACUGCUUCCCGACGCCCCAGUGGCGGAACAGGUGCUAUCUGUCUUUCCGUGGUGGUCACUCCUGCACCUCAUCUCACAAACAACGGCAGUAUUGACUCUGGAGCUUUGUCUGAAUUGCCAGCACAUGCAAGACGAGACUGCGGAGGUGAUGAUGGCGUUAAGAAAGGCAAUGAACUAUCUUUGGGCACUGGCGCCUAAGUCCAAGAGCGCAUACCGUGCCUGGUACAUCUACAGGCCCUUGGUGGAGAAGGUGUCCCAAAAGUAUAACCCAGGUGUGCUCGCAUACAUUCCACAGGAUGCGGCCAAACCGGAGCAGUGGAAUGUAAUGGACAAAAUGAUGUCCAGGAACGAAGUCUCGCCAGCUGACAGCUGA